AAAACGGCUCCACCUUAAAUAUGGGCGGUAUUUUGGAGCUCCCUCUGUAAGAAGCCUGAAUAAAGCCUGAGCAUCACCAGGCGACACAAACAUACACACACGGGAACGAGUUCAACAACUUUAAGGAACGUUUCUUUUUCAAUAGAUAAACGGUUGUGCUCAAACAAGGCAGCCAAAAUGUCCAACGAUGCCGAGGUCGACAUGAAGGACGUGGAGCUGAACGAGGUGGACCCGGAAAGGCAGCCCAUGACCGCGGGAAACGGUGAUGCCGGCUCAGCUUUGGCUGUGAAAAACGGCAUCGUGAAGGUCAAGAUGCCUGAAGAGCAGGAAUCCAAAUUCACUGGACUGUCUAAAGAGGAGCUGUUGAAAGUAGCUGGAACUCCAGGCUGGGUGCGAGCCAGAUGGGCGCUCCUCAUCCUCUUCUGGCUCGGUUGGCUUGGCAUGCUGGCCGGUGCCAUUGCCAUCAUCGUACAGGCUCCUCGGUGCAAGCCGCUUCCUGAGAUGAACUGGUGGGAUUAUGGGCCCCUGUACCAGAUUGGAGAUGUUGAAGCAUUUGUAGGAUCUUCUGGUCUUGAAGGUUUGGAGGCGAAGGUUCGUUCUUUGGGACAACUGAAGGUGAAGGGUCUGAUUGUUGGUCCUAUUCAUGUGUCCACUACUGAUCAACCUGACAGCCUGAAUUUGACAGAGAUUACCCCUUCUGUUGGCAAUCUGACUGAUCUGGAGGCGGUUAUUAAUACAGCACACAAGAAGGGCAUCUCUGUGGUUUUGGAUCUGACCCCUAACUACAAAGGAUCUGAGCCGUGGUUCUCUAAUACAUUGGUGACAAAUGUGGCAGAAAAAGUCAAGGUUGCCACUGAUUACUGGUUGAGUAAAGGUGUUGACGGUAUCCUGCUAUAUGGUGUUGAUCGUGUUGCCACUGUUGUACCAUCGAUUUGGAAUAGCAUAAGGGAGACUGUCAGUAAUCACACUAAAGAGGAGAAGAAAAAGGUCUUAAUCGGAGUUACCAGCUCGACAUCUCCUGGUGAGGUGAACAAGCUGCUGAAUCUCACUGGUGUGGAUUUGCUCCUUUCUGACGUCCUGAAGCAGAAAUAUGGCUCAGACAUUGGUCCAGUUGUGCAGACACUCUAUUCCCCGAACGGCACCCGACCGGCUUGGAACUUGGGUCACCGUGUCAGGGGACACACAGCUAACAUUCAAGAUUCUGUGAACGUCAAAAUGGCCCAGUUGCUGUUGCUUACCUUGCCUGGUACUCCCGUCUUCAACUACGGUGAUGAAAUUGGACUUAAGGAUGAGGGUACAUUAACUCCGGUGAUGAUCUGGGACAUGUCCGACACAAAUGAGACUAAGAAGGCUGAGGUGGAACGGAUGAAGUCUCUCCGCACAUUCUUCGAGACUGUGAGUGGCCUGAGAGGGAAGGAACGCUCCCUACUGCAUGGAGAUUAUGUGCCUCUAUUCAACGACGCCACUACUCUCGCAUACUUGAGGGCAUGGGACCAGAGCCAACGCUACAUAGCUGCAUUCAACUGGUCUCCUAAUGAUCCAGUCACACUGCAACUGAAACAUGAAAUGCUUCCUGAGAAAGCCACAGUUGUUGUUGACACUAAGCAGGAAAAAGUGGCUUCUGAGCGAUCCAUGAACUUAGCCCAGUUAGUCCUGGAGCCACAACAGGCUGUUUUGCUUAAGUUCCCUUAUGUUGCAUAAAAUGUUGUCCUAAAAAAUUUUAGUCUGAUUAUUGGGUAUUGUUACAUGUAUUUUAUGAAGUAUAGUUACUGUUGUACUAAAAAGGUACAGAAUUGGAAAGUAAAAUAAAAAUGCAUUAAUAAAAUGUGAGUGUGCACACAGUCAAACCCAAUGGUCCUCAUCAAAAACAUUCCGAAUUUUGGUGGUAGUAAUGCAAUUUUCUGGUUGUGAAUGAUGUUACUGUAUUUGAUAUGAUGGUGUUAACGAAGACAUGUGGAAAAAGUAGCAUUUAAAAUAAAACGUGGAACAGAAUUCA